AUGCCUGGGUACGGGUUUGCGCUGGCGAGCGAGGCGGCAGUCGAGGCGUGGGCGCGCCUCUCGGCCGCCUACCUCCGCAAGCGCUCAACCAUCAAGCUCGUCCUCGUCCUCGUCGACGCCCGCGUCGGCCUCAAGCCGUCGGACGUGCAGAUGCUCCAGUUCCUCGAGGCGGAGGCGCGGCUGCCGUACCUGGUCGUCCUGACCAAGGCGGACGCGGCGGGCCCGCCGCAGCGGAUUGCGCAGGUCGCCGCGCUCGUCCAGUCCGGCCUCAAGUCCGCCCGGCGGCAGCUGAGGCCUCUCGCGCUCGUCUCGUCCCAGCGCAAGGCGGGCGUCGACGCGCUGCAGCGGCGCAUCAUCUGCGCGGCGACCGGCCGAAGCGACCUGCUGCCAGAGGCCACAGCGCCCGCGCCGCGCGGGCGGGGCGGCGGUCGCGGGGCCGCCGGGGCCGCGCGAGGGAGGGGAGGCAGGGGAGGCAGGGGCGGCGGGGGCGGCGGGACGGGGGCGUGUGUACUCGCUGUACUCGCCAGGGCCAUCAUGCUCAACGAGGAUGGCAUCCACGCAUCGGAGGGGAGCAUGAUCCAGCAGCGUCAAACGGUGAUGACGCUCUGCGCGUGCCAGGUCUGCCUCGCGCUCGCGCUCGCGUCCGCCGGCGCGAUGCGGCGCACGCCAACCCUGCUGGUUAUGCAGCCCUUCUUCGUGGCUGCCGGCGCGUUCGGCUACUUUGGUGCGCGCGACUGCAAGCCAUGGAUGAUCUCUAGCCACUUCGUCGGCUCGUCUGGCCUCUCUCUCGUGAUUGGCCUCUACAUCAUCGCCGAGUCCUUCCUGAAGGAGUCCGGCAAGGCCGAUUUGCUCUUCUUCGCGCUGAAUGGGCCGAUGGAUCUCUUUAUGGUGGCCGGCUCCUUCGCGUCGCUCUCCCUCUGGCGCGCGCUUGUCAGGCUGCGGCGGCAGCUGCGGCUGCGGCGGGCGGCAAUGUACGAACAGCUCGAGGAGAGCGCCACGCGGCUCGGCGAGCCUGGCGCGCCGCGGCGCCCAUGCACCUGCCUCGACCUCACGCUGGCGCCGUGA